AUUUGAUGUGUUGAUCUCGCAAAGUUUCUUCUCUCCAAAACUUCGUUUGAGCUGAUUUUGGUCUUGAGUGUUACGGAGAUAAUGGGAACCAGAUACAGAGCUUUUGCCCUAUUCCUCUUCCUUUCAAGCCUGUACUUGUCGUUUGCGUUGACUGAACAGAAUGAUGGGUUGUUGCGGAUAGGUCUAAAAAGGAGGAAGAUGGACAAAAACAACCGGAUUGCUUCUCAGCUUGAAUCCAAGGAGGCACAGACACUGAGAGCCUCCAUUAGGAAGUAUAACUUCCGAGGUAAACUUGGGGAUGCUGCAGACACUGACAUUGUUGCACUUAAGAACUACAUGGAUGCACAGUACUUUGGGGAGAUUGGUAUCGGCACUCCCCCGCAGAAAUUCACUGUGAUUUUCGAUACUGGCAGCUCCAAUCUGUGGGUGCCAUCCUCAAAGUGUUUGUUUUCUGUCCCUUGUUACUUCCACUCCAAGUACAAGUCGAGCCAGUCGAGCACUUACAAAAAGAAUGGAAAAGCUGCUGCAAUUCAAUAUGGAACUGGGGCUAUCUCGGGAUUUUUUAGCGAGGAUAGUGUCAAAGUUGGCGACCUAGUCGUGGAGGGCCAGGAAUUUAUUGAGGCAACAAGGGAACCGAGUGUUACAUUUUUGGUGGCCAAGUUUGAUGGUAUAUUAGGUCUUGGGUUCAAAGAGAUCUCAGUUGGAAAUGCAACUCCUGUAUGGUACAACAUGGUCAAACAAGGUCUUGUCAAAGAACCUGUGUUUUCAUUUUGGCUAAACCGAAAUGUGGAAGAAGAAGAGGGUGGCGAAAUUGUUUUUGGCGGUGUUGAUCCAAAUCAUUUCAAGGGCAAACAUACAUAUGUAUCCGUAACCCAGAAAGGCUACUGGCAGUUUGAUAUGGGUGAUGUGCUCAUUGAUGGUAAAGAAAGUGGGUACUGCAAUGGUGGUUGUUCAGCAAUUGCUGACUCCGGGACAUCUCUAUUAGCGGGCCCCACGACUGUAGUGGCUAUGAUUAACCAAGCUAUUGGGGCCACUGGAAUUGUGAGCCAAGAAUGCAAGGCUGUUGUUCAACAGUACGGGCAAACUAUCAUGGAUCUCCUCUUGGCUGAGGCUCAACCAAAGAAGAUAUGCUCCCAAAUUGGUUUGUGCACAUUUGAUGGAACUCGUGGUGUUAGUGCGGGCAUUCAGAGUGUUGUAAACGAGAAAGAGGACAGCUCGUUUGGAUUGGGUGAUGCCAUGUGCUCUGCAUGUGAGAUGGCUGUUGUGUGGAUGCAGAACCAGCUCAGGCAAAAUCAGACUCAAGAUCGCAUUUUGAACUAUGUUAAUGAGCUCUGUGAACGUCUACCUAGCCCCAUGGGUGAGUCGGGCGUUGAUUGUGGAAGCAUUUCCUCUUUGCCCACUGUUUCCUUGACGAUUGGCGGCAAGAUUUUUGAUCUCUCCCCAGAAGAGGGUCGGUUUUGCCGAAGCUGCUUAGGACAAAUGACGGGCGGGACCCACCCACACUUGGAGCUGCUUUAA